AUGACCUGGGGCCCUGACAACGUGCGGAAAUGGUCAACCCUGGCGCUGCUGGCCAUCAUGGGCACAGCCCUGACAGCGGCCACCGACCCUGGCUUCGUGGCCAUGAUCUCCCAGAAGGGUCUGGACUUCGCGUGCCAGCAGGGCGUGGUUGAGUUGCAGAAGGAGCUGCAGGCUAUCAGUGUUCCUGACUUCUCUGGAGUCUUUAAGAUCAAGCACCUGGGAAAGGGCUCCUACGAAUUCUACAGCAUGGCUGUGGAUGGAUUUCAUAUCCCUAAUCCUGAGAUCGAGAUGCUGCCCAGUGAUGGCCUCCGACUGUCCAUCAAAGAUGCCAGCAUCAAGAUCAAUGGAAGGUGGACAUCAAGGAAGAACUUCCUCAAAGCCAGUGGCAAUUUUGACCUGCGCAUCCAGGGCGUGUCCAUCUCCGCCGACCUGAUGCUGGGCAGUGACUCCUCAGGCCACAUCACCACCAUCUGUUCCAACUGCGACAGUCACAUCGACAGCGUCCGUAUCAAAAUCUCAGGCAGCAUGCUGGGGUGGCUGAUCCAACUGUUCCACAGGAAAAUUGAGACUUCCCUGAAAAACAUCAUUUACAAGAAGAUCUGCAAGAUUGUGAGAAACUCUGUGUCCUCCAAGCUGCAGCCUUAUCUGAAGACUCUUCCUGUGGUAUACAGAGUGGAUGAUGUGACCUCGAUUGACUACAGACUGGUGGCUCCCCUGACAACCACGAACCAGUUCCUGGAGGGGCAGCUAAAGGGGGAGUUUUUCUGGAGGGGCCACCAAGGCCCACUUCCCAUUCACCCGCCAGUAAUGAGGUUUGUGCCCAACAGUGACUACAUGGUAUGCAUGGGCAUCUCUGACUACUUCUUCAACACUGCGGUAUUUGCAUACCAAGAGUCUGGGACCUUGAAGAUAACCCUGGGGGACCCAUCGGUGAGUGUGGAUGGCAGAUUCCAGCUGAACACUGACUUCCUUAAGACCUUCCUGCCCAAGGUGGCCAAGAAGUUCCCCAGCAUGGGGGUGCAGCUGCUCAUCUCAGUGCCCUCGUCUACGCACCUGAGCAUACGACCCUCAGGCCUCUCAUUCAAUCCUAAACUGGAGAUCCAGGCCUUUGUGGUCCUCCCCAACGCCUCCCUGGUCCCUCUCUUCGUUCUUGGCAUGGUAAGAAGGAAAACAAAUGCCUCUUUGGAAGUGGAUGCUAAGGAAAACAGGCUUGUGGGAGAGAUGAAGCUAGGCAGCAGGCUGUUGCUGGAACUGAAGGAAUCCAAAUUUGGCCCCUUUAAGGUGGAGUACCUGGAGGAUGUCAUAAACUACAUCGUAUCCACACUGGUGCUGCCCAAGAUCAAUGAGAGGCUGCGUAGAGGCUUCCCUCUCCCUUUGCCUGCUGGGAUCCAGUUCAGCGACUUCACGUUUUACCCCUACCAGAAUUUCCUGUUGCUUGAAGCGGAUUUACACCUUAUCUGAGAUAUCACCUCGGACCCUGGGCCAGGAAGCUAUGCAGCUGCUCCCAUCAUACUCACCGGCUGUCCUGCUCCAGGAAUCCUUUAGUCUUUGGCCCUGACCUGCAGCCUCCUGCUUGCUUCCCCAUGCUGAAGCUGAGGGGAAAGCAGGAGAUCUGUGUACCAGGGGUCCUGUGCCUCUUUCAGAGCAGCCCCACCGGCGUCCGCAUUUCCGCUGGAGCUGCGACAUUACUUUGGGCUUUACAAGAACACCCAUUUU